ACCUAUGGUGUCUACAUUCUGAAACCAAUUCUAACGGAAGGCCUUACUACUGCUGACGCUGGAAAUUUGAUGCAGCAGACCUUCGAUGCCAUGAGUGAGAUCUUUGAACUGACAACCCUCGUUGGCAAGGAAGACCUCGGGAGAGAUGUGCGUAAGAUGAAGGAGUUUUUGGAAUCUAAGAAAAUUGAAGUCGAAGGUGGAGAAGUGAUGGAGGAAAAUCAAAAGGAUCCGCCUGUUGAAGAGGCCAAAGUGAAAAAUCCUGCGGAUACUCAGAUGAAAAUAGCCAAUUAG